CUCAGCCAAUUCCUCGGCUCCCGGCCCGCGCGCUCCUGUGCCGAGCCUGCGCUCCGCUCCCCUCGUCUUUCCCGGUGACUUUCCCCUCCUCGUCCCCGGGCGGUCUCGGCAGAGGUCACAGCCGACCAGAGCUGGUGCCAGCCCCAGCUCGGAGCGGCAGGCGGCGGGCUGCGCCGAGGCCCUCCGGAGAGCGAGCGGAGCGAGCGGCGGGGCAGAGCGGGCGAGCGGUCGCGCGCCCACCGCUAGGUGCGGGGCUCGGAGCCGCCCAGCCCGCGCGCGCCCUCCUCCCUCGUCCCUCCUCCCUCCGCCCCCGCCGCGCCUCCCCCUCCUCCCGCUCUGCCUAGGCUGCUCCGCCGCGCGCGCCUCGCACUCGGAGAGCCGCAGCGGCAGCGGCGCGUCUCGCCUUCGGAGACAGAGCCGGGCCGCGGGGGGACACCGAGCCGCCGCGAAGACGCCAGGGCGCGCGCCGCACUUGCCCUCCCUUGGCCUCGGCCGCCACUGCUGAGCCGCCACCAUGGCCCGCGGAAAAGCCAAGGAGGAAGGCAGCUGGAAGAAAUUCAUCUGGAACUCGGAGAAGAAGGAGUUUCUGGGCAGGACCGGUGGGAGUUGGUUUAAGAUCCUUCUCUUCUACGUGAUAUUCUAUGGCUGCCUGGCUGGCAUCUUCAUCGGGACCAUCCAAGUGAUGCUGCUCACCAUCAGCGAGCUGAAGCCCACAUACCAGGACCGCGUGGCCCCGCCAGGACUGACACAGAUUCCUCAGAUCCAAAAGACUGAAAUUUCAUUUCGUCCUAAUGACCCCAAGACCUACGAGGCCUAUGUGCUAAACAUCAUCAGGUUCCUGGAAAAGUACAAAGAUUCAGCCCAGAAGGAUGACAUGAUUUUCGAGGACUGUGGCAAUAUGCCCAGCGAACCCAAGGAGCGGGGAGACUUCAAUCACGAACGAGGAGAGCGAAAGGUGUGCAGGUUCAAGCUUGACUGGCUGGGGAACUGCUCCGGACUCAACGACGAAACUUAUGGCUACAAAGAUGGGAAACCCUGCAUCAUCAUCAAGCUCAAUCGAGUCCUGGGAUUCAAACCUAAGCCCCCCAAGAAUGAGUCCUUGGACACUUACCCUGCAAUGAAGUAUAAUCCAAACGUCCUACCUGUUCAGUGUACUGGCAAGCGAGAUGAGGACAAGGAGAAGGUCGGGAACAUAGAAUACUUUGGAAUGGGCGGCUUCUACGGCUUUCCUCUGCAGUAUUACCCCUACUACGGCAAGCUCCUGCAGCCCAAAUACCUGCAGCCCCUGCUGGCUGUACAGUUCACCAACCUCACCUUGGACACUGAAAUCCGCGUCGAGUGUAAGGCCUAUGGUGAGAACAUUGGGUACAGUGAGAAAGACCGCUUUCAGGGACGCUUUGAUGUAAAGAUUGACAUUAAGAGCUGAUCACAAGCACAAAUCUUUCCCACUAGCCAUUUAAUAAGUUAAAAAAGAUACACAAACCUACUAGUCUUGAACAAACUGUCAUACGUAUGGGACCUACACUUAAUCUCUAUGCUUUACACUAGCUUCUGCAUUUAAUAGGUUAGAAUGUAAAUUUAAAGUGUAGCAAUAGCAACAAAAAUAUUUAUUCUACUGUAAAUGACAAAAGAAAAAUAAAAAUUGAGCCUUGGGACGUGCCCAUUUUUACUGUAAUUAGAUUCCGUAACUGACUUGUAGUGAGCAGUGUUCCGGCCCCAGUAUUGCCGCCUCGUCCAUUCUAUUUAGUGUACAGUACUAUAGGUGCGCACUCUGGUCAUUUUUCAAGCCAUGUUUUAUCAUAUCUGUUUUCUACUUUACGUGAGCAAGGUUUGCUGUCCAAGGUGUAAAUAUUCAAUGGGAAUAAAACUGGCAUGGUACUUUUUCCUUUUCUUUCUUAUUUUUUUGGCUCUGAAAUUUCAAAGGUAAUGGCCCAUCAAUGAGCAUUUUUUAACACACUCCAUAGUCUUUUUUUUUUUUUUUUUUUCCUGUGGUAUCAGAUCUUUUUUUUCCCCUUUAUUUCCUGGGGCUGGGGGGUGGGCUGUCAUGGGGGAACUGCCCUUUAAAUUUUAAGUGACACUACAGAAAAACACAAAAAGGUGAUGGGUUGUGUUGUGCUCCGUGCUGAAUGCUGUCUCGCCAUCUCUGCCCGUGUCCUCCAGUGUGUUCUGAAGCUGUGUCUGAGAUCUGGAUCUGCCCAUCGCUUUGGCUAGUGAUGGGGCUAGUUAAUUUGCUUUGUACAUUUUCUUUUCCUUCUUUCCUUUCUCUGGAGGCAUCGUGCUGGUGCUGUGUCUUUAUGAAUGUUUUAACCAUUUUCAUGGUGGAAGAAUUUUAUAUUUAUGCAGUUGUACAAUUUUAUUUUUUUCUGCAAGAAAAAGUGUAAUGUAUGAAAUAAACCAAAGUCACUUGUUUGAAAAUAAAAUCUUUAUUUUGAACUUUAUAAAAAGCAAUGCAGUACCCCAUAGACUGGUGUUAAAUGUUGUCCUCAGUGCAAAUCCAUGUUCUAACAUAUGUAAUAAUUGCCAGGAGUACAGUGCUCUUGUUGAUCUUGUGUCAGUCAGGUUAAAACAACGGACAAUAAAAGAAUGAACACACUC